CCAUCUAAACUACUCCGUCACUACCGGGGACGCGCUUUGAUUGGAGGAGUCGAUUUUGUUACAGAGCAGCAAAAAAAAGAAUUAAAAAAAAAAGAAAGAAAGAAAAAAAAAAAACCGGGUCACGGGAGUUUCAGUCACCAGGAAGGAGAACGGGACCGGAGGAUACAACACAUACGAGAUUGGAUGGUGUCCACUGAUCAUGUCGACGAACCAAGAGCCGCCUGUCUGUGCGAAACUUUUUCACCUCAUCUUCCUCUCCACCUUUUGGGGCAUGCAAAUAUGGGUCACCUUCAUCUCUGGAUUCAUCAUGGACAGCCAUCUAAACAGACACACAUAUGGCUUUAUUCAGAGUCGACUCUUCCCUUUCUAUCUGCACGUCGGCUCGGCCUGUGCUUUCUUCAACCUGGCUAUUUUUGCCAUGUACCAUCCCAGUGACUUGCUGGAUGAUAAAGAGGCCUUUCAGAUCUUUGUUUUCUUUGUGUGUGUGACUGUGGCAGCCGUGAAUGCCCAGUGGUUCGGCCAGUUGACCUCCGAGAUCAUGGCGGACAUGCAUAUGAUUGAGCAGGCUUGCGGGCUGGGCCAGGACAUUGGGCUGUCAUCCAAUCGUGAAGCCUAUUCCAAACUGUGUGACAAAGACCCCAAGUACAAGCAGCUGAGCAACCGUCUAUGGCUUUACCACCUCCUCUCAUCCCUCUGUAACCUCUGCUGUAUUGUGUGCAAUGGCUAUAGCCUUUAUUACCUGGCAGAGAACCUUACUACCCUUUGAUUUUCAAUCAGAUUCACACACUUAAUAUGUCCUAUAUGCUGAAAAUGUAGUUUUUAGACUUUCUUUGCGCUUUCCUUACCUCUUUGUAUUGUUUGUUGUGGUAUAGUAGUAUCUAGUGUAGCACAAGUUAUUAGAGCACUUGCACAUAACUUAUGCAGACUAUUAAUGGUGAUAGUUUGGAAGUAGGGGUAGCCAAAAUUCAACAACUCAUGAUUAAUGCUGGUAUAACAAUAUUUACGUUAAAAAAUAUCAACAACAAAAAAUACUUCCAUCACAGAGCUACAUCUAUAAUUUCAAAAAUCAGUGUCCACAAAAAUAAAUUGUUUAACACAGAAACAUAAAGGAAUAUAGAUAACAUACAUUGUUUAAAGAUCAAAUCAGCUACUUGUUAUUGUGAUUAUUAAUUAAGUAGGUCAGGGUUAUAAAAGACACGGGUGGACAAAUGACUAACCUGGUGCCGGGUGACUUGGGACAAGAAUACUUUGAGUACAAAUAAGCAGAAAAGGCAGGCAAACAUUAUAUGGGACUGGGCAAGCUCAUUAGAACUAAGCACACUUGUCAGAAAUUUAUAUGGUGAUGUAAUUUAUAAAGAUAUAUUGCAUUGUCAUAUCACCAGUUACUAUUCAGAAGGUGUACACUGCAAAAAAAAAAAAAAAAGACAUCUUAGCAAGUUAAUAUGUUGAAUAUAGUCAAACCGAUCUAGCAUUUCCUAUUAAAAGAUUACAAUAAACCAAAUAUAAGAGAUUUAAAUUUGUAUUAAUUUCAAGAUUGAAAUGUUCUUGUUUUAUUGGCGGAUAAUGUUGCUACUUUUAAACAUUUAUUUCUAGAAAGAAGCAUAAUAAUAAGAAUAGGAACAUUUAAAGCUUAAAAAUAGUAAAUACACUCACCAUCCACUUUUUAGGAACACCUGCACAUUCAUGCCGUUAUCUAAUCAGCCAAUCAAGUGGCAGCAGUGCAACACAUAAAAUCAUGCAGAUACAGGUCAAGAGCUUCGCUUAAUGUUCACACCAAACAUCAGAAAAAAUGAGAAAAAGUGUGAUCUCUGUGACUUUGAUCGUGGAAUGGAUGUGUGUGAAAAUCCUAGGACAUCAGCAGUUUCUGAAAUACUCAUACAAGUGUGGCUGACCCCAACAACCAUGCCACGGUUGGUUAAAGUCACAGAGCACACUUUUUUCCACCAUUCUGAUGUUUGAUGUGAACAUUAACUGAAGCUCUUGACCUGUACAUAUAUGCAUGAUUGUAUACAUUGUGUUGCUCCCACGUUAUGGACUGAUUGGAUAAAUCGCUGCAUAAGUCAGCAGGUGUACAGGUGUUCCUUUUAAAGCGACCAGUAAGUGUAUGUCUAGAAAUAGGCUUAAUAUUCUUAUAUCUGGUUUACUGCAAUUGUAUAAAAGGAAAUGGUAUAUACAUCUAACUUUAUUCUAAAUAUUUUCACUUGCUAAUAUGUCAGUUUUUGCAGUGUAUUUAGGAAUUUCAGGAUCAUCUUGACAUCCUUCAUUUUGAUGAUGAAUGUAGUCCAGUGAAAUGAACAAAGGAGAAUCCAGGCACUCCUAUGGGCUGACCUAGCAAUCAUUUCUAAUACUCUUGCAACUGUUUUUGUAUGUUCUAUUGGUGGCAGCAUAUAGUUGCUAGUUUUAUGUGAUGCAUAUUACAUUCUGUGUUGUUAUAUCGUAACAGUAAUUUUACCCUGGAGCUGGUAUUCCAGGGUUCCAGGCAGUACUAACUUACCUGUAGUGUGCAGCUGAAUUCAUGAGUUCUUUUCUUACAUUAAAAAGAAAUGUUGGCAUGUCUCCUGAAAUGGACAAAUUGAAAUACGUUGCCUUUCCCAGCUCUGCUACUUUAUCAAUCAAGUCAUGCAGGUUGUGCAGGCUAUACUACUUCAUGGCCAUUAACUGAUCUGUGCACACCUGAAACAGCAAAUUCAACACAGCUAUAGCAUCAGCUAUGAGUUUUGUGGUAAAGUUAGUUCGCUUAAUUGAAGAUUAUCACCCUUUUUGAAAUUAAGCAAGUAAUGCAAACUAAUGUCUUGACAACAGCAUAGGAUGUGUGUAUAAAUAUUUAAAGGAGUGUUGAUUUGGUGCGGAGAUAACCUGUCAUUGUGUUGUACAUUUUUGGGUCAUUUUGCUUUAGAAAUGUAAAUGCAGAGGUAUGGAUUGAAUUUUGUUCCAUAUGGUCAUGCGCAUGUAUUACACAGUUCCAUAAUAUGCUCCAUAUGGAAUGUAGCCGUUUUUUUCUCCAUGUCUCCCUGUAGUAUCUUUUAUCUAGUAUUUGUGUGGGUGCAAUGACAAUGUAGUGGUGCCUCAACUAGGCUUUAAGAGGUAUUUAGUCUAGAUUGUGCAAUUUAAAAAAAUGUACUACAAUAAUUAUGCUGGUGAUGCUUUUAAUCUAUCCCUGCAGCUCCAGGGUUUCUGUUUAAUGAAUGCAAAUGAGCCAGCAGUAAAUUUAAAUCUUUCUUACUUACCUGAUGCUAUAUUUCAUGCCAUAUCUUUGGAUGGAAAGGAUUCAAUUAUAGCGAUGAAGCUUAGAAUUCAUCCUUAUGUCCUUAUGAGCUGUGUUCAGUAGAGUGGGGGUAUUUGCAGUUGUGCUGGUGUGUGUUUAAUGGUGCUGGAUUAUUAUGUGAUGUUAAAAGGUGAACAAUGAUUCCUUUUUUAUUUGUUUAAAAAGGGACAAUAUACUCCAGGUAUUUAUGAAUUAUACUGCAGUAUUGACAAGUUGUUACUUUGUGUUACAUUUUUAAAUAAAAGGCUGACACUAAACAAUUAA